AAGGGGCGGAGUGUGUGGAGAGACGACAACAGAUAAUAUGGGACAUGAUGGGAGGGGGUCCGCGAGGCCAGGCGCUUUGGGAGAUGAUGAAAAGGGCACAGAACCCCUAAGUGUUACUCUCUAGAAACUCAGUUUUAGUCCAAGUAGUCUUCUCUCCUUUUCCCAGUUUCCAGCUUUUAAGAUGUGGGAACAAAGGAUUUAUACAGGAACUUGUGUGGCCACACUCAAAAUGGCGGAAAAUUUGGAGUCUGGGACGCAAGCGACGCAAGCGGAAGCGGAAGUACGUUUGCUGUUACAUGUGCCGCUCCAACGAGGGGAGAAAACCGCGCUGGGUCGGGAUUGAGUGACACUCCCCGGUUCCACCAUGGGCAAGAAGGGUAAAGUCGGGAAGAGUCGGCGGGACAAAUUCUAUCACUUGGCAAAGGAGACCGGUUACCGUUCCCGCUCUGCUUUCAAGCUGAUCCAGCUGAAUCGCCGCUUUCAGUUCCUGCAGAAAGCUCGAGCCUUGCUGGACCUGUGUGCUGCGCCAGGGGGAUGGCUGCAGGUGGCUGCCAAGUUUAUGCCAGUAUCCAGCCUUAUUGUGGGAGUGGACCUGGUUCCAAUCAAGCCUCUUCCGAAUGUGGUGACACUCCAGGAGGACAUCACAACAGAACGCUGUCGGCAGGCCCUGAGGAAGGAGCUGAAGACCUGGAAAGUUGAUGUUGUGCUCAAUGAUGGGGCCCCCAACGUUGGGGCUAGCUGGGUCCAUGAUGCUUACUCGCAAGCCCAUUUGACAUUGAUGGCUCUGCGUUUGGCUUGUGAUUUCCUGGCCCGUGGUGGCUGCUUCAUCACAAAGGUUUUCCGUUCCCGUGACUAUCAGCCCCUACUGUGGAUCUUCCAGCAGCUGUUCCGCCGUGUCCAGGCCACCAAGCCCCAAGCCUCCCGCCAUGAAUCUGCAGAGAUCUUUGUAGUCUGCCAAGGAUUCCUGGCUCCUGACAAGGUUGACAGUAAAUUCUUUGACCCCAAAUUUGCCUUUAAGGAGGUUGAAGUUCAGACAAAGACUGUUACUGAGCUGGUUACUAAGAAGAAGCCAAAGGCUGAGGGCUAUGCCGAGGGCGACCUCACUCUCUAUCACCGUACCUCAGUCACUGACUUCCUCCGAGCUGCUAACCCUGUUGACUUCCUCUCCAAAGCCAGUGAGAUCUCGCUAGAUGAUGAAGAGUUGGCACAGCAUCCAGCUACCACUGAGGACAUACGGGUGUGCUGUCAGGACAUCAAAGUGCUGGGGCGCAAGGAGCUUAGGUCCCUACUGAACUGGAGAACGAAGCUUCGGCGAUAUGUGGCCAAGAAGCUGAAAGAGCAAGCAAAGGCACUGGACAUCAGCCUCAGCUCAGGAGAGGAAGAGGAAGAAGGUAAUGAAGAGGAGUCAACAGCCAGGACCGUGAGGCAGCCCUCUAAGGAGGAGGAGGAGGAGGAACAACUGAACCGAACCCUGGCAGAGAUGAAGGCCCAGGAGGUGGCAGAAUUAAAGAGGAAGAAGAAGAAGCUGCUGCGUGAGCAGAGAAAGCAACGGGAACGUGUGGAGCUGAAGAUGGAUCUGCCUGGGGUUUCCAUCGCAGAUGAGGGGGAGACUGGCAUGUUCUCCCUACGCACCAUUCGGGGUCACCAGUUGUUAGAGAAGGUAACAGCAGGGGAUAUGAGCGCUGCAGACACGUUUCUGACAGAUCUGCCAAGAGAUGACAUCUAUGUAUCAGAUGUUGAGGAUGACAGUGCCUCUCUGGAUAGUGACCUGGAUCCAGAGGAGCUAGCAGGAGUUGGAAGACCUCAGAGGCUAAGGGACCAAAAGCGUGUACAAUUUGCUAAAGUAGAAGAUGAUGAAAAAGAAGAGGAGGAAGAAGAGAAUCCACUGCUGGUGCCACUGGAGGAAAAGGCAGUCCUGCAGGAAGAACAGGCCAACCUGUGGUUCUCAAAGGAUGGCUUCAGUGGAAUUGAGGAUGAUGCUGAUGAGGCCCUAGAGAUCAGUCAAGCCCAGCUGUUGUACGAGAGCCGCCGGAAGGGACAGCCACCAUCACCUUCCAGUUUGAAGACUGAGAGAAAACCUCCCCAGUGCCGGGAUGAGGCUGCUAAGGGGGCAGAGGCUCCUUCAGGGACAGAGGCUGCCACUGGCCCUGGAGAAGAAAAAAGAGAUGGCAGCUCAGACAGUGACAGCAGUAGCAGUGAGGAUGAAGAGAGUUGGAAACCACACCGCAGUAAGAAGCGAAGCCGUAGGCCUGAGUCACAAGAUGAUGAUGGGUUUGAGAUAGUGCCUAUAGAGGACCCAGUGAAACAUCGGAUACUGGACCCUGAAGGCCUUGCUUUAGGUGCUAUUAUUGCCUCUUCCAAAAAAGCCAAGAGAGACCUCAUAGAUAACUCCUUUAAUCGGUAUGCGUUUAAUGAGGAUGAGGGGGAGCUUCCAGAGUGGUUUGUGCAGGAGGAAAAGCAGCACAGGAUACGGCAAUUGCCUAUUGACAAGAAGGAGGUGGAGCGUUACCGGAAACGCUGGCGGGAAAUCAAUGCACGUCCCAUCAAGAAAGUGGCUGAGGCCAAGGCCAGAAAGAAACGGAGGAUGCUGAAGAAGCUGGAGCAAACCAAGAAGAAGGCAGAAGCUGUGGUGAACACGGUGGACAUCUCGGAACGAGAGAAAGUGGCACAGCUUCGAAGUCUCUACAAGAAGGCUGGGCUUGGCAAGGAGAAACGCCAAGUCACCUAUGUUGUAGCCAAAAAAGGUGUGGGCCGAAAAGUGCGCCGGCCAGCUGGAGUCAGAGGUCAUUUCAAAGUGGUGGAUUCAAGGAUGAAGAAGGACCAAAGAGCACAGCAACGGAAAGAGCAGAAGCAGAAGCAAAAACACAGGCGCAAGUGAGCAGAACCACUAGGGCCUCUGAGAAGACAGUGUAAGGACGAGGAGGAGUGAUUCAGUGCCGCUUACUCCAGCCUCCGUGGUAUCAGCCCUACAUUUCCUUGCAUCACAGUUGUCUGAAAAGACAGUGAGGUGGGGUGCCUAGAACUCUCAUGUUGAUCCUGAGUGGUGAGCACAUCCUCCUGGCUUAAAGGAGAGGUCUCUUGCUAAAGCAUUGCUGAAAUGUCCUGGUGGUGCUGUAACAGACCCACAACCCUUCUGUGAAGAAUGUGGGGUACUGGAUGAAAAGUCCUAAGGGGAAAUUCAGUGUUGGGGUGGCAUUUCUUAGAGUCUAUUCCUGGACAAGUGGAACUCUCAAGUCUUCCCCCAUUCUCUUCCACUGUCGUGAAUAAAACCACGAUGAUAGA